AUGGUGUUCAUCGGCCUUCUCUCCUCCGACAAGGCCUCGGCCAGUCGGUCGAAGCCUACCCAGGAGACCGAGUUGCUGCCAGAAUACAUCGUCGACGAAGCCCAGCUCCCGUGCGUACCUCCGGAACGGCCAAAUCUGCGAGAGCUCAACACGAGCCUUGAAGCGCUUGCCGCCGUGUUCCCCGACAUUCAAAUCGAGGUCUUUAGAGAAUUGCUGUCCAACUUUGACGGCGAGUCGAGACUGGCUUUGGUAGCAAAUGCGCUGCUCAAGAAUCGAGUCGAUUGGGUCAAGGGCAGGUGGAAGGUUGUGGACAAGCAGGAAGCUGCCGCCGCUUCACUGCCCAAGAGUGACAUGUUUCGGAGCCAAGAAUACAUACAGGCCGUGAGGACUCUGGCCGUACACGAGUUCCGCGGGCUCUCCAAGUCUACCGUCAACGCCGUGCUCGCAGAGUCCAACCACUCCUACCUGGACGCCCGAAGGACGCUGGUUACACUGUCUUCGAAAUCCUGGCGGUUUACGAUACAGUCACUCCUCUUGAGGCGGAAACCCCUGACGACGGGGGAGGCAGAGCAUCACCCCCUGGUGGUAUGGCGAUCAACCGGCCAGGGUUCCAUCACGCCCACCGUCAGGACGACUGGAAAUGCCGAGCUGGACCGCGAACUAUACGAUACACUCAUCCGGCCUCUGAAGCAAAAGAUGAAGGAUGACCGAGAAGUCAAAGACCGGAUUUUGGCUGUUUUGCUCAACAAUGAAGAGGCAGAAGCGGCAUCUGCGACGCAUGAAUGUGCCUGUUGUUUCAUCGAUUACAGUUUUGAAGAGUUUACAAGUUGCAGCAGAGACGGGCACAUGAUUUGUUACAAAUGCGUCCAAAGCUCCAUUAAGGAAGCCCUGUUCGGCCAAGGAUGGCUGAGCAAUAUCAACACCGACACCGGCACUCUGAAGUGCUUAGCAGUCGAUGGCGGCGGGUGUGCGGGCCACAUUUCAUCCGACUAUAUUCAUCGAGCAUUCAUAGAGGAAAAAUCAGGAGCAGACAUACUUCACAAGCUGGACCAACGACUGGCCGAGCACAGCCUCGUGGCAUCCAAGCUUCCGCUGAUACACUGCCCGUUCUGUAACUACGCCGAAAUCGACGACAUCUAUCUCCCCUCACGCGAAACGCGGCUACGCUUCAAACUAAGAAACCUUUACAACCUGGUCGUCAUCUCCAUUGUAAUAGGCGCCUUGAUCGUCAUCUCCCCCUUUGCGCUUGUGGUAGCGCUGAUUUGCGUCGCCGUCAGCGUAGAGCAGAACGUGUGGCGAGACAUUGGCGCGGAGUGGAACAAGGCCGUCCACAGGCACUGCCGGCGGCGCCGCGGCCUUCGAUUCUCGUGCCAGAACCCGAAAUGCGCCAGAGUCUCCUGCCUGUCGUGCCACAAGGCGUGGACCGACAUCCACGUCUGCAACGAGUCGUCCCUCCUGGCGCUUCGAACGCAGGUCGAGCAAGCCAUGAGCAUGGCCAUCAAGCGCGUGUGCCCGCGCUGCAACACGUCCUUUGUCAAAAACGCGGGCUGUAACAAGCUUACCUGCCCGUGCGGAUACAAGAUGUGCUACGUGUGCCGCGCCGACUUGAGCGACGAGGGAUACCGCCAUUUCUGCGACCACUUCCGUCCGGAUGGCGACCCGCGGCCCUGCACGCAAUGCGACAGGUGCAACCUCUGGGAGUCGGAGGACAUCGACACAGUCCUACGGGAGGCCCGUGAGGUGGCCGAGAAGAAGUGGCGGGAGACGGAGAAGCGGGAACUGUCUGGCGCCGAAAUGGCGUAUCUCGAGACGGGUGUGGCAUCAAGGAACGCCAACUCGAGAAUCGACCAGCUAUUGACCAAUGGGACCUCCCCGACUUUGUCUGACUUUCUUGAUCUUCUUGUCGAAGCGAUUUACUUUUGA